AUGGCGUCCGCUCGCCAGCAGCCCGCGUGGCAGCAGCCGGCCCUGCAGUCGGACGCAAAGCUGCCUCCGCUCAAGGUGUACAAUUCAUUGACAAAGACCAAGGUCCCUUUUGUGCCCAUUGACCCUACGGGCCGCCGAGUAACAUGGUAUGCAUGUGGCCCAACAGUAUACGACGAUUCACAUCUGGGCCAUGCCAGGAACUAUGUCACUACCGAUAUUAUUCGCCGCAUCCUGCGAGACUACUUCAAGUUCGACGUCGAAUUUGUCAUGAAUAUCACAGACGUUGAUGAUAAAAUCAUUCUCCGCGGACGACAACAAUAUCUCUUCAACAAAUUCGUCUCUACGCACCCGACCGUUGACGCCGCCGUCCUCGAUGUAGCCAAGGCUGCCUACAAAGCGUACCUGACCAAAAACCUGCCCCUUCUGGAUCCCGAGCUGCCCCCGGCGGAAUACCAAGCGGAAGUGGAAAAACUGUAUGCCACUGUACUCAAUGGGGGAACACUGCCUGGCAAUGAAAGGCCUGGGGAUGACGAGGCCAAAGUCAAGAUGCACAUCAAGACGGUUUCUUCCGCAGCCAAGGCUAUUGCAGAUGCCGAGACCUCAGCGCCUGCUUUGAGUGAAUCGUUUUAUACAAAUGUGCAGGAUGUUUUCCUACCGCAUCUUGACAAGCUGGAAGGCUCGUCUAUUGAUGGAGAGAACCAUUCUAUUUUCACCCAGCUUACGAAAAAAUACGAAGAUCGGUUUAUGCAAGAUGUGCGGGACCUCAAUGUCCUGGACCCUGAUGAAAUCACCCGAGUCACCGAAUACGGCCAGGAGAUUGCCGAUUUCGUGCAGCGCAUUGUGGACAAUAAAUAUGGCUAUGCCACCGAGGGUUCUGUCUACUUUGAUAUCAAGGCCUUUGAGGAAGCUGGGUUUCCGUAUGCAAGACUCGAGCCAUGGAGUCGAUCUGAUGGAAAGUUGGUAGCUGAGGGUGAAGGCGCACUGAUAAGCAAAACUUCGGAAAAGCGUUCGCCCUCGGAUUUUGCGCUGUGGAAGGCAUCGAAGCCUGGCGAGCCGAGCUGGCCCAGUGCUUGGGGUAAGGGACGGCCCGGUUGGCAUAUUGAGUGCUCAGCAAUGGCUUCGGCCAAGCUGGGCAAAUCUAUCGACAUUCACAGCGGUGGCAUUGAUUUGGCCUUUCCCCAUCACGACAAUGAGCUUGCCCAGAGCGAGGCUUACUGGAACGCUCACACCCAUGACCAGUGGAUAAACUACUUUUUGCACAUGGGCCAUCUCUCCAUACAAGGGUCGAAGAUGAGCAAGAGUUUGAAGAAUUUUACAACUAUUCGAGAAGCUCUUGAACGAAAGGACUGGACCUCUCGGAGCUUGCGUAUCAUAUUUCUCCUCGGAAACUGGAGCAGCGGGAUUGAGAUCACCGAGGAUCUUGUGAGCGCUGGCAAUUCAUGGGAAGACAAGCUCAACAACUUUUUCUUGAAGAUGAAGGAUCUGCAUCUGUUGAAGGCUUCAACUACCAGCACUGAUCAAUCACUACAAACCGCCUUUGAAGCGACCAAGACCGCAGUCGACGAACACCUCUGCGACUCAUUUAACACUCAAGCAGUAAUGGCUGCUAUUUCUGACCUAGUUUCCACGUUCAACUCGGCUGAUAAAUCAACUGUGAACCCGGAACAUGCCGAAGAGGUAGCAAGGUGGGUAACUUCUAUGGUCAAUAUCUUUGGUUUGAAUGGCUCUGCCUCGCCUGAUGCUUCGGAAAUCGGUUGGUCUGGUAUCGACGUGCCUGAAGAGGCAAAACCAUACUUGUACCCGCUGUCGACGCUGCGUGACUCGCUCAGAGAAAAGGCUCGAUCCAAGGACGGCAUUGCCAUUGACGAUGUCAAGAAAAUUAUCAGUCAAGAAACAAGAGAUGAGCCACCCGUUUCAGAGACAGCGAAGCCAUAUGCCCAGGUGCUUUCCGACUUCCGAACCAAGAUCGACUCCGUCGACGAAUCAGGCAGCAUUGGGAAGGAAAUCCUGACUCUUUGCGACCGUGUCCGUGACAUUGACCUGUUUGACCUGGGUGUUUACUUUGAGGAUCGGGAUAACUUGCCAGCCCUGGUGCGACCAGUCACAAAGGAACUGCUACAAGCUCGGGAAGAGAAGGCAGCACGAGCACAUCAGAAGCAGCUUGACAAGGAAAAGCGAGAACAGGAAGCCCGUGAAAAGGCCGAAAAGGGCCGGCUGAGCCAUCUGGAGAUGUUCCGGACAAACGAAUACAGCGCCUGGGACGACGAAGGUAUUCCGACUCGAGAUGCCGCCGGCGAAGAACUCACAAAGGGUCGCACCAAGAAGAUCAGAAAGGAUUGGGACAGACAGAAGAAGCUGCACGAGACCUGGCUGGCUAGCAAUAUCGGCUCAAAAUAG